CAAAGAUGUCAGCCUCCACAAGAUCAAAAGUUCUCGAGUUGUACCGAAAAUUACUCAGAGAAGGCAAACAGUUAUCUGAUUACAAUUUUAGAUUUUAUGCUCAAAGAAGAGUUCGAGAUGCUUUUAAAGAAAACAAAUCAGUUUCCGAUCCUCAAACCAUUGAGAAAUUGAUCCAAAAGUCACAAACAAAUUUAGAAAUUCUCAAGAGACAGGUUCUUGUAGAAAAAUUAUAUGGUAAAGGAAAACUUGUUAUAGAAAGAUAAAGAGAUUUUGAUACUGCCAUUAUAAGUGUGUUCAGACUGUGUCGAAUUUCAGUGAUAAUUCUUUAAGUAGUGUAGGUAUUGCAAGGAUAUGGAACGUAUGUAAAGCCAAAGAAGGUACAAGUAUGUGUGGCAGUUGAUGGAAGAGCAAACCAAAAUGAAUAUUUACGGCUUACUUUUCCACUUACGAACUACUUUUUUAAGAGACUUUGUAAGAUCUGCUAAAGAAAACACAUUUAUAUUUGCUGUAAGGACUAAUUACACGAGAUUUUUGUUUACUUUUUUUAUACACUUUUCAGGGAUAAAGCUAAAUAGAUUAAUAUGGAAGGCAAAUUUGAUCAAAAUCCCAACUGGCUUACUAUGCAUUUCAUGGUUGAGACAAAACUAAUUCCUUUUGAAAUGGUCAAGACAAUGUAAAAAUAGUCUAUAAUUUGUCUUGUCUUAAAUUUUCAGAUUCAGGAAAACUAACUUCAAGAUAUUUUUUGCGUUUAGUCAACUUUAUUCAUUUAAAAUAUAGUUUUAUCAACCAAUCAAAUUACUUUAUUUCUUAAAAUCAUCUUUGUUUUUUGAGACACUGGUCAGAGACAAUUAUUAUUGAAUAGGAAUUUUUUUUUAAUUUUUGGAAAACUCUCUUUGCUUUUUAUAAUGAUGAAAUUUGAAUGUAAUUGUUUGACAAAAUAUAACAGUGAAUGAUGGAUUUUGGCAGUAUUUAUCUUCUAUAAUGUGUAAAUGGUAUAGUUAUGAUAAUUAUGUGUUAUGAAUAUGAAUAGUUGUAAAUUUUAUUAUGUAUAAGUACAUUAUGAUUUAAAUAUUCAACAUCUUAAAAAUUCAUUUUGGUGUGUAAAUAUGCAAUAACACAUGGCAUUUUAGAAUCACUUGAAAUACUUAUUGAAAUGUCAAUUAUCAUAUGAUUUUCUCUCAUGAAUAUUCAAAACUUUUGUUAUGAAACCCUAGAACAUAUCCCAUGCCUUGUCAGACAUGUACAAAGGAGAGUCAAAUAUUAUCACCCAUCCCAAUGUAUUAAUCCAGAUGGAAGAGUUGAGAAAUGGAUAUAUCUGAAAUAAAAAGUCGGAUGCUUUU